AUGGAUGCUGAUUUCUCUCAUCACCCAGAAGCAAUUCCAAAAUUCAUUGCCAAACAGAAAGAGCAAGAUUACGACAUUGUAACUGGUACUAGAUAUGCAGGCGAUGGUGGUGUUUUUGGUUGGGAUUUAAAGAGAAAAUUGGUUUCUAGAGGUGCCAACUUUUUGGCUGCUACAGUAUUAAGACCUGGUGUAUCUGACUUGACAGGAUCAUUUAGAUUGUACAAAAAACAAGUAUUAGCUAAGGUCAUCGAUGAGACUAAAUCAAAAGGUUACGUUUUUCAAAUGGAAAUGAUGGUUAGAGCAAAGGCCUUAGGAUACAGCGUCGGUGAAGUUCCAAUUAACUUUGUGGACAGAUUAUAUGGUGAAUCAAAGUUGGGUGGUGAUGAAAUUGUGGGCUAUUUGAAGGGUGUUUGGUCAUUAUUUACUAGUGUUUAA